AUGGCACCAUCAUCCACAGAGAGCGGCAAGUGGUCGACCAAUUUCGACACGGUGCGCCGACACAACCUCUUCCGCAACCCUCCCUCGGACAAGUCGGCAUACCCUACCCUCGCCUCGGCCGUCGACCCCCAUGUCCAAUCAUUCAACGCCGUCUUCGCAGAGAAGGGUCAGCUUUACCAUGCUCUCCGCGAUAUUGGAACCAAGACCUUCUUCGAUGGCAACCCGAACGAGUCCUUCUCGCCCGACGGUCCCAGACGCAACAAGCUUCAGGUUCGCGUGAAGGAGGUUUUCCUCGAGAAGAGCAUGCUUCCUCCGUCCAACAAGAUCGACAAGAAGCGCGAGAUUCUGCCUGUAGAGUGCAGAGAACGCCAUUGUACCUACAGAGGUCGUUUCAGAGGCCGCUUCGAGUGGCGCAUCAACGAGGGCGAGUGGAGAGAGAGUGUCAGAGAGUUUGGCUCUCUGCCUAUCAUGUUGCGCGAGCUUGUCGACAAGAGAGAAGAAACUGAAGAGCUGGGAGGAUAUUUCAUUGUCAACGGUAUCGAGAAGCUGAUCCGUAUGCUCAUUGUUAACCGACGAAACUACCCCAUGGCCAUCAUCCGUCCCUCUUUCGUCAACAGGGGCGCAACCUACACAAAGUUUGGUAUUCAGAUCCGCUCCGUCAGACCCGACCAGACCUCGCAAACCAACGUCCUCCACUACCUCAACGAUGGUAACGUCACCUUCCGUUUCUCAUGGCGCAAAAACGAAUACCUCAUCCCCGUCAUGAUGAUUUUCAAGGCUCUGGUUGAAACAAACGACCGCGAGAUCUUCGAAGGACUGGUCGGUCCUGCAGGAAGCAAGGGCAUUGAAGAGAAGCAGUUCGUCACCGAUCGCGUUGAACUUCUGCUACGUACCUACAAGGCUUACAACGUCCAUGGCCAAGCAAAGACGCGCGCAUACCUCGGAAGCAAGUUCCGCGUUGUCUUGAGUGUUCCCGAUGACAUGUCAGACGAGGAUGCUGGUGUUGAGUUCUUGAGACGAAUUGUUCUCCCUCACUUGGGAACAUCAGAGAACAAGGAGACCAACGACGCCGACAAGUUCCGCAUGCUCCUUUUCAUGACCAGAAAGCUGUACUCUCUUGUCGAGGGAGAAUGUGCUGUCGACAACCCUGAUGCUGUCCAGAAUCAGGAGAUUCUNCUGCCUGGUUUCCUCUACGGCAUGAUCGUCAAGGAGCGCAUUGAGGAGUGGCUAAACUCCAUCGGCCUGCAACUCCGUGACUGGGGCAGAACUACCAACUGGGCAUCGAUUAUUUCGGACGAAUUCGAGCGAGACUUCAGCGCAAAGAUCCUUCGUCGAACCAACGAGAACUUGGCACAGGCUCUGGACUACUUCUUGUCUACUGGUAACCUUGUCUCGCCUAGUGGUCUGGAUUUGCAACAAACCUCUGGUUUCACCGUUGUCGCCGAAAAGAUCAACUUCUGGCGUUUCAUCAGUCAUUUCCGCAUGGUUCAUAGAGGUAGUUUCUUCGCCCAACUCAAGACCACAACCGUCAGAAAGCUGCUGCCCGAGAGUUGGGGUUUCCUUUGCCCUGUCCACACUCCCGAUGGUUCUCCUUGCGGUCUUCUUAAUCACUUGGCUCACAAGUGUAAGAUUGCUACAAAGAGCGUCGACACCAAGGCCAUUCCCGGCCUUAUCUCACAACUUGGUGUUACUGAGACUCCUUCUGCAUCUGUUGAGGACAGCGUCGUUGUUAUGCUCGACGGUCGUAUCCUUGGUUUCUGCUCUCCCCAACAGGCUCGCAUAAUUGGGGACACUCUCCGCUACUGGAAAGUCGAGGGUACCCACGGUGUUCCUUCCGAAUUGGAGAUUGGUUACAUUCCCAACUCGAACGGAGGUCAAUACCCUGGUGUCUACAUGUUCUCACAGGCAGCCAGAAUGUUCAGACCCGUCAAGUACCUGCCUCUUGGCAAGGAGGACUUUGUCGGUCCUUUCGAGCAGCCCUUCAUGUCAAUUGCUUGCACAGAACCCGAAAUUGUCUCCGGCGACUCAACACACGUCGAAUUCGAUCCCACCAACAUCCUCUCCAUCCUCGCCAACCAAACACCUUUCUCAGACUUCAACCAGUCUCCCCGUAACAUGUACCAAUGUCAGAUGGGNNUAAACAAACCAUGGACUGGACAGACACCUGUCGUCAGACCUCCUCUCUACAACGAGUACGGCUUGGACAACUUCCCGAACGGAACCAACGCUGUUGUUGCUGUCAUUUCAUACACUGGUUACGACAUGGACGAUGCCAUGAUCAUCAACAAGUCCGCCCACGAGCGCGGCUUUGGUCACGGAACCGUCUACAAGACCAAGAAGAUCGAUCUCGCAGAAGACAAUGGCGGCAGACGCGGUCGUGGAGCUGUCAAGAAGCUCUUUGGUUUCGCACCUGGCGGUCUUGUCCGCGCACAAUGGCGCGCAACUCUUGAUGACGAUGGUCUGAUCGCUGUCGGCAUGAAGGUCAAGGAGGGCGACAUCAUUGCUGCAUCGCACACUGUCACCAAAGAUCCCAUCACUGGCGAAUAUGUCAACCGUGAUGGCAUCACCCAUUUGCACAAGUACAAGGACCACGAGGAGGCUUUCGUUGAGGAGAUUAAGAUGCUCGGCACAGACACUGGUGGUGAUGAACCCUGCCAGAUGCUCAGUGUCAGACUCCGCAUCCCCCGUUCGCCUGUCAUCGGUGACAAGUUCUCUUCUCGUCACGGACAGAAGGGUGUUUGCUCACAGAAGUGGCCUGCCAUGGAUAUGCCUUUCAGUGAAAGCGGUAUCCAACCCGAUGUCAUCAUCAAUCCUCACGCUUUCCCUUCGCGUAUGACCAUCGGUAUGUUUGUCGAGUCGCUGGCUGGUAAGGCUGGAUGCUUGCACGGUGUCGCGCAAGACAGCACACCGUUCAAGUUCAAGGACACAGCAGGCGAAACCGCCGUCGAGUACUUCGGUCACCAGCUGAAGCGUGCUGGUUUCAACUACUACGGAAACGAGCCCAUGUACUCUGGUAUCACAGGUCAGGAGCUUGGUGCCGAUAUCUACAUGGGUGUCGUCUACUACCAACGUCUGCGUCACAUGGUCAACGACAAGUUCCAGGUCCGUACCACCGGUCCCGUCACAGCAUUGACCGGCCAACCCAUCAAGGGUCGUGCUAAGGGUGGUGGUAUCCGUGUCGGAGAGAUGGAGAGAGAUUCUCUUAUUGCGCACGGUACAGCAUUCCUGCUGCAAGAUCGUCUGAUGAACUGUUCCGAUUACCAAAAAGCCUGGAUUUGCCGUGGCUGCGGAUCUUUCCUUUCCGCACAACCGACCGUCAACCAAUAUGGUCACAAGAAGGGCGUCAAUGCUAGCAACGUCAGGUGCAGAAGAUGUAGUACAAAGGCCACCGGUUCUGAGCCCAGAAGCGACACCUGGGAGGACGGCAGAGGUGACAAGUUCGUUGGUGGUUCCGAUGUCACUGUCGUCGCGGUUCCUGGUGUCCUGCGCUACUUGGACGUCGAGUUGGCGGCUAUGGGUGUCAAGAUGAAGUUCGACAUUACGCCGUAG